UAGCAUUAACUAUGCAUUGUUAGCUGGAUAUUCAUAACAACCUCUACUAUCUUAGCAUAUCUUAUUGUCCUAAUGGUUUGACUUAUAUUAUAUUUAUUAUAUCAAGAAAAGUUCAACUUCACAAGAAUCACAACAACAAAAACCAGGUAUACAAGUUACAAUUAAGUUAGUGCACCAGCACUGUCUAAUACAUUGACUACAAAUACUUUCUCAUUUCAACUCCUCUCUUCCACAAAAGAUCAUCGUUGAAAAUGACCCUCUUCAAUCAGCCAUGUCUUUACUCAAAGAUAGACAAGGAAGAUCCAGAAGAGGUGUCUCACCGACGAGCCAAGUUCUUGAUUUACAAAACGCUUCAAAAGGCCGACGUGGUGUCUCGUCGUUCUUCUCACCCGUCGUCGUUUCUGAGGAUGAAGCUGCUAAGGUUGAAGGCCAAGAUCGGGAAGAGUUUGACUAAGCUACGUCGGAACAUAGAAUCCGCCGUUAGAUUUGGCGGGAUUCAAAAGCAUUCUCAAAGCAGCAUGAGAGCCUUGAAGAAGAUGUUCCACGGUGGUGCAACAAAUGGACUACCAAGACCUAUUUUCGCUCUUGAAGUUUGAUUUUUGAUUUUUUUUUUUUAAUUGUCUUCUAUGUAUUUCACUUUUUUUUUCUUUCUUGAAUUAAUUUCUGUUUAUCUCCACUACAGAAUCUGGUCAAGAAAUGUAAUAUGAAAAAAACCAUGAGUUCUGUUUCUUUCAUAUAAAGAGGAAAUAAAUCAAUCUUGAAGUUGUAAUAACAAAGUUGUUUUUGGUUCAUGGUAGAUUUCAAAGUUUAUUUUUCAAAUUAGCAUCCCACACAACUGAACCAUCUUAGAUUCUAUGUAACAGUGAAAACUAUUUUGGUUUAGUAAUUUAAUUAAGGUUCAUCAAUAUUUUUUCAUAAAAAAAACUAAUUUUUUUAAUUUUAGAAAAACAAUGUAUACAUUAUUUAAAUGAAUAUUUUUAAUGUAACAGAUUUGAUUUGUUUAAUUUAGAAUGGUGUAUAUAAAAUCAUCUGACUUAAAUUCUAAUAAUG